AUGGCGGCCAAUGCGGAAACGGCACCGAUAGACAACAGUAAAAGGCACAGGAAGGACAAGCCUUGGGAUGCUGACGACGUUGAUCACGUAAGCAUGCAAACAUGCAGAAUCAAAUAUCGGCUUGUCCUGAAUUCUAUUAUAUACAGGGAGAAGUACUUGCGUGAAGUAUGGAGUGCAGUAACACAGGCGUUGGAAUCGCAUGGCAUCGCUUGCACGCUUGACUUGAUCCACGGUUCUAUGUCAGUACGAACAACGCGAAAAACAUACGAUCCUUACAUAAUCCUCAAGGCUCGCGACAUGAUCAAGCUUCUUGCUCGUGGUGUUGCGACUGGGCAGGCGGUGAAGAUUCUGGAUGACGCCGUUGUAUGUGAUAUCAUCAAGAUUGGGAACACAGUGCACAACAAGGAGCGCUUUGUGAAGCGACGACAGCGAAUUAUUGGUCCAGAUGGCAGCACGUUGAAGGCCAUAGAGCUGCUUACGCAGAGCUACGUUCUCGUACAAGGGAACACCGUCAGCGUAAUGGGUCCAUACAAGGGUAUCAAGGAGGUCCGGAGAAUCGUAUUGGACUGCAUGAAGAACAUUCACCCAAUAUACAGGAUCAAGGAGCUAAUGAUUAGACGCGAACUGGCUAAAGAUCCACAGCUGGCGACUGAGUCCUGGGAUCGUUUCUUGCCCAAAUUCCGGAAGAAGCAUCUCAAGACUUCAGAGAAGACUGCACGGAAGAAUGAGCGGAUAGAGGAGAAGAAUGAGGGGCGUAAGGCUGCUGGAUUGGAGCCGGUUGGUGAAGGGAAGAAGGACAAACCUGCGAAGAAAGUCUACACGCCGUUCCCACCUGCACAAUUGCCUCGCAAGGUUGAUUUACAACUAGAGUCCGGCGAGUACUUCCUCAAGUCACACGAGAAGGCGGAGCGCGAGGCGCGGAAAAGAAAGGAUAAGCAAGAAGAAAUUACCGCGGAGCGACGCGCCAAACGUGCUGAGGCAUUUAUCGCCCCAACCGAAGAGGCUGCACCAACGAUUGAAGAGAAGCGGAAACGAAAGAGAGACAGAGACGGGAUGGAUGGUGAGGGCGGUAGUAGGAAAUCAAAGGCAAAAAAGAAGAAGACGGAGGAGGUUGAAGAGAAUUAG